AUGGUUCAUUAUGCAUAUUUUCCUGUGCGGUUGUUGGUCGCAUGGAAGUCUCCAUUAGAGAUUUCCCUUUGGGACUUCAUGUACUUCCAGAUCAGCCUACACAUGGGAGACUUAAAGCUCAUUGACAUCGAAUAUUCCAUAAACUUCAAGAACCAUAAAAUACCCUCGGAAGACGACAUCUACGAGAUAGCAGACAAGCUACCAAAGUUGUCAGAUGCAUGGCAAAACUUAGGACGAGACCUGGGACUUGACGAGAAAGUGCUUGGGAAAAUCCUACAAAUAAGUAAAACGCGACCGACGUGGACGACACACAUUCUUCUGAAAGAGUGGAGAAGCUCUUCAACGACGGACCGACCGUCCACAUUAAGGGUACUCUACUCUGCCCUAGAGAGGCAAGGUAUUACAUGCUCCUACCUACGGAAAAUACCUGUGGAAAACCAAUCUGACCACAUCGUCCGAAAAGGCUUUGACAUCCUGGAGAACAUGGUGUCAGGUCAGAUGGAAAGCCUCAACGGGCUGAGGACUCCGUCCAAGGACAUCCAAUGGAAGACCAUAAGAAGUUGUCAUUGGAGGUUCCAUUGCUGGACGUCCAAUGGAUGCCCAAAACAGGAUCUCUGGACAACUGGACUGUCCAUGGACGAGUUUAGGAUCACGCAUGGCUACUUGGUGGAAGUCAUCCCCGGAAGUUCUAAGGAGAUUGAUGACUUAGUGAAACAUGAGAACGUGAAUGCCACGCAGGAGCUUUUGAUGGAAAUACGCGAAAAGAAGGAUGAGCAGGAGGACCUGGGGAUUACAUUCGGAGAAGGAGAAAAUGUUGAUCAGAGUAUCCAAGAAAGCAGAAAACGCCCCAUUUCAAAGACUCAACUUCAAACUGAGGCGGCUCCGACGUGA